GGAUCCAAUCACAGUGGCUGUGAUCAUCUGAUCCUGCAGAGUCAAUCCGGAGGCUCUAGUAAAAGGGGAGGCAUUACAAACCAAGUAGAUGCUUCGUGAUGCUGUGAGCUGCUACAUACACACACAUACACACACACUCACACACGCACAGCUUUUAUAUGCAGUGCUAGCAGGCAGCGCUGUCACAUUUUUGUUCAAGGAACCACCUGCUCACACAAUCCGAAUUAUUUCCUGCCAAAGAGAAAUGCUGUCCUGAUAGAUCUCACUGGUGAUCCUAAAUAAGGAAGCAACCCACUGCAGACAGGGCUGGCGGAAAAAAAUGUGUUUUGAUUCAUUUUUAUUAAAGAAAGAAAGAAAGACAGAUGAAUAAAAGUUCCUCUUGAUUCCUGAUACCAUAUUCCCAGUUUUCUUUUUCUGCCAAGAGCCAGAGAAAAUAUAUGGGUUAGUGAAGCCAACUACAGAAAUAGCUAUCCUCUGUUUAGCCAAGAACUUUCUUUCUUGCAUUUGGGAUGAAAAAGAGAAAAGUCUCUAAGGGCAGACUGAGUGCCUUUGAUUCCUGCCCAUGACCUAACUCUAAAGCCAACUCCGAUUGAUUUCAGGAAAAACUGGACUUGAGCAACUGGAAAAAAAAAAGAUCUGACAAACCAAAUCAAAGAGACAAUGGUACAAAACGUCAUCUUGAUUUUCUUUCGCAGGCGAUUGAGCCAAAGACCAGCUGUUGAGGAACUUGAAAGACGAAAUAUCUUAAAACAAAGGAAUGAUCAAACAGAACAAGAGGAAAGGAGAGAGAUCAAGCAGAGGCUGACGAGAAAGCUUAAUCAACGACCUACGGUUGAUGAAUUAAGAGACAGAAAAAUCCUCAUCCGAUUCAGUGAUUAUGUGGAAGUGGCAAAAGCACAGGAUUACGACCGACGAGCAGACAAGCCAUGGACCAGGCUUUCAGCAGCAGACAAGGCAGCCAUUCGUAAAGAGCUAAAUGAAUACAAAAGUAAUGAAAUGGAGGUACAUGCAUCAAGUAAGCAUUUGACAAGAUUCCACAGGCCAUAGAGAAUUUCUUCUGCGAAGAAUUUGUCUACUUUUUUUGAUAUCCACUACUGAACAUGCAUCAGGGAAAACAUGAAGGCCUUUCUCUGAGGGUCAGUCUAUGAGAAGCUGAUGUUUCAGGUUCAGGAAAGACUGCAAAUUCUAUCUCUGCAGCUCAUCUUUGAAAAGAUCUAUCCAAUGAAGGCCGUCACCUUGGAGCCGCAACCCUCAAAGGGUGGGAAAAUUCACUGACAAUAUUAAACUCAUCCAAAAGGAAAUGAAUGACUGCAUUCCUUUGCUACUUGUUUUAAACUGAAUUGCUGCAUAUCUUGAGAAAGGAGAUGUUGUGCAUGUACAGGCUCUACCAUUCCAAGGCCUCCGACGUAAUGGACACGGCGCACACCAUCAUUCAGUAUUAUCAUGGUGACGAGACAUUGGGAACUUAUCACAAUUCGUUUGUACAAAACACUUAAGUUCAUGUUCUAUAAAGUUAUUUACUAUAUUGUUUCUUUUCUUUUUAUAUAUAUAUAUAAUGUCUAACAAAACACUCCUCUUUUUUUUGAACUCCUGUUCAUUUUUUUGUUAAUUAAAUGAUUGCUUACUGCAGAAAACAA